UGAUCUUUGAGAUGCCAUAGGAUGCAACCCGCCGAUGGCGCUUACAUCUUACCCGCAAGACCUCACCCGAGCCUAUAACGGGCUCGUGUUAGAAGCUUGGCCUAGCAUAAUUGCCGUGCCAUUGCAUUGCAGCAUACGAUAUCGCGAUAUGCUUUGCAUCUCAUCACGACCAAAGAUGCCUCGUUAUGCCCCGUUCAGAGAGCGUUGGGACCCGAUCCCAUCUAAGACAAUGGGCGGCUAAAUGGCACCAUCAGCCGCGACUCCCGCGCUGUCACCAUUCCCCCGGAGUCUUGUCUAUCUUGUGCGACCAAUAUUAAUAGAAUUCUAGACUUUGAUUUUAUCAGAAUCACUUGAUGGCUACGGCUUUUAUGAACUUGCCCGUUCUAAUUGUCAGUUAGCUAUGUGGUUUCGACUACUUGCUACGCUCAUUUACGUGAGCACAGUUGCUGCCGGGCAAAAUCCUCCUGGACCCGGUGAGCCAGCACCGAUUUAUGCCGACGGCGUAUUCACAGAGCCGAGAGGGUCACAGUCGACCUACACAUUAGGGUCAACGAUGAACAUUAGCUGGCAAACAGCGUACGAGACGUCAAAUCUUUGGUUAAUUGUCGAUUGGAGAUACUCUACGCCGAUUCAACUUGCAUCCAAUAUAGGCCAAACAUGGUAUCAAUGGGAGGUAGCUACGGAUUCAAAGAACUCUUCAGAUAUAUACGCAUUUCGCAUAGUUAAUGCGUCGGGUACAGCUGCUCAACAAUCAGACGGCGGUUUCAUGAGCGCCGCCUUCUGGAUCGACGGCUUACCCACGACUACCAUUCCACCGUCUUCCGCCGCGUCUCACAUAUCGACUUCUGCCUCGGCCCCCGCCACGACGUCUGCAGCGACGGCAGUCAGUUCUGCAGCUACAAGUCAAACCACGGGAAUUGCAAGCAAUGUUCAGUCGCCAGGUCUUACGAAAAGUGCCAAGAUUGGCGUCGGUGUUGGAGUGGGAGUUGGUGGUGUUGGAUUUAUCUCGCUUAUCGCAGGAAUAUUACUCUACCGACGAUCACAAGACCGCAAGUUACAAGCGACCGAUAAUAUGGAGCCCUAUUCUCAAGUAGUGCCCCCGGCGCACUUCAACGCCCCAGAGGCGUUAUAUUAUCACGAUUAUUAUAAGCCACCGGUUGAGAUGCAGGGCACUGGAAGAAUUGUUGAAUUAGACGCAUGGGAGGUUUCCAACACCCCAAGAUACCCCGUAGAGCUUCCAGGAUAAAGGACUUAGACUUAGAAUGCAAUGUUUGUGAAUACCCCUAGUUUUGAGACAUAGAUGUAGAUACUUACAUAUAAACUGUUACAGUUAAAAGACC